AUGGCCAAAGGACAGCCUCGAUCGACACUGCCGCAAACCAACCCACCGCCCGCCGAUGUCGACAUGAUGGACGUUCCGAACCCCGCUAGCCAGGGUGAGGAUGUGUGCCCGGUAGACCGUACACCGACCAGUAACCCCUCGUCGACUUUGCCGCUGCUUUACGAUCUCAACGCCCUGGCCCAAAUCCCGCAGGGAGAGUUCACCAAGGACGUUCCGCCCGCGCCCAUAGGGGAGUUCAUGAAACCACGCAAAAUGUCGACGCCGACGGAUGCAGGGGAGGCCGGGCCGUCAUCUGUGCCGGACGGAUCGGGCGACCAGGAUGAGGAAGAUUAUUCAUCGGCGAGUGACGAGGACGACCCGCGGCCCCGACGUGGUGCAGGUCCGCGCACGUUGGAAGAAAAACUCGGGGGGGAGCGUGCGUUCAUAGAGGAACUGUUGGACGAGGACGAGCUUGAGGAUCUGCUGCACUCGUCGGUCCCUCGAGAAAUGUGGAAGGCAGCCAACUUCGUAGAGGAAGAAAUGGUGUACGCGCGGGAGUACAAGAUCGAUGCCGGAACGAACGCGCGAGUGCAAGCCUACACGGUGCACAUGAUCCUCGGCCGCAUCAAGGCCUGCCAGAUGGCGGCGAGGGUGGAGGCGACGCUCUACAAGGAGAAGGAGUUGGGCAUCAUGCGGGAAAUCUCGGUGGUCCGGUCGGAGGUGCUCACGCUGCUCUCCCACCACAGCCUCAUGCGCGGUGCAAGCAUCCGCGAGAUAACGCUCCCCGACAUCUUCCUGUACCGAUUGGCGAGCACCUCGUCGGUGAACCCGGAUAACCAGCCGGUCGUCAUGGUGGUCGCCGCGUGGAACUUGAAGACGUCGAAGGAUGCGCGUCUUCAACAGAGCUACGCGGCGCGGCACCUCGAAGCGGAGUUGUGCGCCGUCGGCGAGACCGGGAUGUGGUUACACUUCGUCCUCGACCAGAUCGGCCAGUUUCACGGCGUCGACCUCAUUCCGCCGGUCGACACCAGCACACGCGAGCUCUGGUACAAGAAGCACCUGUUCUUCGCCCGCAACGACCCCGAGCAGGGCGAACUCUCAGCUCCCAGCCACCAGCGAUGGACGAGGCAGAUGUGGAAGACGAACGGGGUGUUUUGCAAGCGGAACGUCCAUGCCGCUCGGGCAAGCGGGGCGCAGGAGUUAGCCAUCCACGCCAUUCCCGUCGGUGUGGUGAUGAAGAAGGCAGGCCAUUCGGGAUUCACGCAGGACUACUUCUUGGGUCGCAGCAGGGUGGAACCAGGAGACGAACCCCUCGCUCUCAUCGCCGAGCACAUCUUCCCCGGCGUCGACGACCUCCUCAAGAAGGCAGAAGAACUCGCGAAGAAGGGGUCCAACGCCGACAUUGCGGCCGUGCAUUUCUGGCGCACCCUUGUGAUGUUCCGCCGCAUUGUCGCCGAGGACCUCGCGGUGAAACUCGUCCGCACCCCUUGGCACCUGUACGUCCAGUAUUCCAAGCUCUGCCGGAUUCCCCUCUUCCAGCACUGGGCGAAGAGGGUUGAGAAGACCGACACCGACACCAUAAAAAAGCGGCAAGAUCCAACCCUCAUCCAGCUAGAGGCGCUGCCAGCUGCGAACGACCAGUCGCCGAGCGACGCUGGCUCCGCGGAGUUGGCAAGCAGGGGUGAAGGAGCCAACAAACCCAAUAAACUCCCACAGACGGUCGAGGAGGCUAGCUACGAGCUGAACGUAGUGCAGCCUUGGCGGACUGCAACGACCGUCAAGGACGCGUGGCGCCUCUGGACCUCGUGCACCAGCGCCGACACUCGUCGUCUGUGCGACAGGUUCAGGGAGCCGGGAUUCGUCGACCGCCACACCCUCCUCGACGGAGCCUCGCAGGGAGCACACGGGAAGAGGGUGCGCCGCAUGAUGAAGGUCAUCGAUGCGGUGCGCCAGCUUCGCAGGAGCGACGGCGAAGCCAGCACGGAAGCCACCGUCGACGCGCUUAACAAGAUAGCGGCGCCUGGCAUUGGGACCUUCGCAGAUGCCCUCACGGUGCUCAACGCGGACGCCGUAGCGACCUAUGCCGGGCAGGGUAAGGGCGUCAAAGGGCUCGGCAAGACGGAAGUUUCCAAGCUUCGUGGCGCCUGUGCGUUCGUGGCGCGCGGGUUCAAGCCCGAAACGUGGGUCGCCGACCUGUUCCCAGACACCUGGGUUGAGCAGAUGAAGAAGACGUUGGCCGACCUGGCCCGCGAAAACGACGCCGGGCAGCUGCCUCCGACCAAUAAGUCGACCAAGCGCAAGAAGACCGCGUGA